GAGCCGAAGCUCGACGAGCCAGAGCACUUCAAAGCCAGAGCUUCGAGCGUGAAAACAUACUAGUCAAGCAAUACGGUAGCAUACAGAUACAGAUUGGACCAUGGCGGAUACAGGCGACUCGAGUGCCCCCGUUGAGAAUGUGGCAAACCUAAAGUUCGGUCCAGAGUUUCAAGAGAUCCACGUCCUGUCCAAUGCCCAAGUCGCAGUCAUCCUUCAGGUUUCGGCUCGAUCGGCCGUCAAUCGCGAUGAGGAACUUAAUGAGGUAUACCGAAAGACACAGCAUUACGUCAACCGAUUCAAUACCAUGACAAACCCAGAAAAGGACCAUCAAGAACUGGUGGACGAAUUGGACAAUCUACAAGAUGCGCUGACGACGUUUCGAAAAGAAACCGAUGAUGGGGAAGAGCUUGAUUUGCACCAGGCAGAAGUGGCGGCACUCAUGAACUUGGUUGCCACGGAUACUUUGGUGGAGGAGUGCUUGACAUUGAUUCCUUCCCUGUCUCGAUUUCCAGAGGCUGCCAUUGACGAAAUUCUAGAUCUCAUUCGAAGCACCAUGAUUCGAAUUGUUUCGUAGGACCGCUGUGAUACGGUAGUUGGACGGAAAUUAAUUAAACUAUAAAACAAUUUGCAAUCGGGAAAGACUCCGUUGUGGGUGUCCCAUCCUUACUGGCUAGCUUGGAGAACCAACAACAACGAACUGUCCUACCGGUAGCUGGCAUGAGGGUCCUGACGCGAUAACCUACAUGUAACUUUGUGCUACACUGCACUAAUAUAUCUCCUGUAGACUGGUCCAAUAGAGCCAUCAUCCACCAAUUGAAAUCAUUCGUUACCUUGGUGUCAUAGAUCUCUCCAUUCAUUUUUCACAUGUACCAUCUGCGCGGUGAGCUCUGAGAUCAGGUUUCAAGUACUGGCAUCUUCAGAAGAGCUGUGAGAGCCAUCUACUUCAACCGUGUCAACAAGAUACUACUUUACGUUGAAUAAGAUUUGAGUAGAUUGAAUUGUGUC